AUGGAAAUCAACCAUCAGGUAAAUCACGGAGAAAAACAUCCUCAGCACUGGAGGAGCUGCAAGUUGAUCGUAGACCCUGCGUUGAAGAAUGGGUUUUAUAAAGUGUAUCGUUACGAUGGGCAUCAUUUCAACAUGCCAGACUUAGGGGCAUUUCCUGUGGAUACUGUCCGGGAUCCCAGAAUCUGUCGUCUUUGGACCAAAUUCAGAGACACUGACCUGCUGGUCCCCAAAUUUAAGAUUGAUGAAUACUAUGUCGGCCCACCCAAGGAAGUGACAUUUGCCAGGUUAAAUGACAACGUAAGGGAGGGUUUCUUGACUGACAUGUGCAUAAAGUACGGACAGAUUGAGGAAGUGGAAAUCUUGUAUAAUCCUAAAAACAAGAAGCAUUUAGGAAUUGCUAAAGUCAUCUUCGACACAGUCAAGGCUGCAAAGGACACUGUGGAACACCUUCAUGACACCUCUGUCAUGGGGAACAUUAUCCACGUGGAACUUGAUCCAAAGGGUAAAAACAGAAUGCGGUACUUCCAUCUUCUUGUUAGUGGACUCUACACCCCUUCGACAUUGCCACUGGGCAGUGAUGAGCACACCCUCCAACGCCUAACUGAGAGAUUGCAGGACAGCAAACCUCUGCAAAAACUGACUGAUGGGAGUUCAUCAUUGACAAGGUCUAUUUCCAGUCCCACCAGCGUGGCUACACCUCUCUCCCUAGACACAGCCUACUCCAGUAUCUGGCAGGACACACCGGGCAGCUUUGGGCAGACACCCCUCUCUCAGGGCACCCCACAUACCCCCUGCCUGUCUGGGACCCCCCUCUCUCAGGACUCUUGCUACUCUAGCCAGCACACCACCCCAGUCCACCAAGUCACUCAGGGUGAACACUCCUCAUACGGUGCUCACAGACGCUUGAGGCGCGAUGUCUGCUAUCGUCAACCAGGGAGACCUUAUAUGAGAUCCCACCAUCAGAGCUCAGAGCUGAGCUCUCUCCUCAAACACCUCCAACCUCACCGUCCUCUCCAGCCCCAAACCCAGGUUGCUAGCGGCAGCUACAAAUCUUCCGUCUUCUGGUAUCAGAACCGCCUGCCCUCUGCUGAUGAUAACCCUGCCACAGAGCCUCCCCUCUCCCUUCCUGAACAGGAGUCCUGGAGGGUGCCCUCUCUACCUCCUGCCUCUGAGGCUUUCCCUCUGAGCAACAGCUCUGCCAGUGCCACAAGUAUGAACGUGGUACCUCUGAGAGAGAGACCCCAGUCUCCCCCUUCUGGACCCGAUGCGGGCCUUAUAGAACCGCCCCCUUCCCCUCCCAAUAACUCUCCUGGAAGACUCAUCCCAGAGGCAGAGAGCCACAGCCUGGACUCACGCAUUGAGAUGCUUCUCAGCAAGACUCAGAGUUCCUGCCUCCCUCUACAUGGUGAAAGGGGUUUGGAUGCUGAAGUGCACUCUCAGGACAGCCCUGUUUCCCCAUUCUCCCCUGUCUCGAUGUACUCUCCUGAGUCUGACCACACCCCAGCCCGUAGUGGAUCUCCUGUGAACUGUACCCACCCCACCACCAGUGAUGGUCUGGAGGAUGUCAGUCCCACUUCCCUCCCUGAGUGGGAAGGAGACGAGUCCCUUCCAGGGAUGCCUUCUCUAACAUGGACCUCACAGCCCCCCUGGCCUCCUGGGACGCUCUCUCUCACUCAAAGGGAGAGAAUUUACCCAUAUCCCUUGAAUACGCUGCACACUGUGCAUAUGGACAAGGUGAAUGGUCUGCCUGGGUGUGGCAGUGUGCCAGUGUCUUUUACUGGGCAACCCUGGCCCCUGCCUCCCUUCAUGCCCACCUUCAACCCCUCUGUGCCCCCGCCAGGCUACCUGCCUCUGCAGGAGGACCCUCAUAAGGCCACAGUGGAAAAGGUGCUGGCUGUCAUUACGGAGGAGCUUAAGUCCAUCGUGAAGAGAGACAUCAACCGUAAAAUGGUUGAGGGGGUAGCCUUCAGGGCGUUUGAUGAGUGGUGGGAUGGCCAGGAGCAGAAAGCUAAGAUUGCUGUAAGUCUUGUGAAUGCCAGAGAGGGUAGAGUGGAGGUGAGGGCCAAACCAAGAGACUCCCUAAGACAGAACAUUGGCCCGCGUGGUGCCACCAACCUGCCUUCCUUCAAGGUAAAGAAGAAAGAGUCCGACGAAUCGACUGCCUCAGAGGACCCCAAAAGAAAGUGUCCCUACACACCUGUUAAUGAUGCACAUGAGAGUGCUGAGCUGGAGAGUAAUAUAACGAAUCACACAUUGGACAGGUCCCCAAAAACUGGAACUAUUCCAGCUGUGAGGCGAAGACAUGCAAGGCCACUGGAGCUGGACAGUGAGGGGGAAGAGGAGAGCAGAGAGAAAGAGGGGGAGCCAACAAGAGACAAAGAGGAGGAUACUGUGGAAGCAGACAAGGUUCCCCAACGCCAGCAGAGGGAUGAGAAUGAUGACAGUGAACAAAAAGAGGAAGAAGUGGACGAGGAUGAAGAUGAUGAUGAAGAUGAUGAUGAAGAUGUGUUGCUUAAUAAAUCUACUUCAAUAAAUCUGUUACACAUACUGAAAUGCACAUUAUUGUUUUCUCAUUUACCAGAAGUUGCCAGGGUAAGCCUCUCAGAGGUAGAGUCUUACUCCUCAGAAGACAGUGAAUACCUCUCAGAGUCUGACUCCUCUGACUCCUCCUUUGAGGAAAGUGAAGACUUCUCAGACUAUGACUCCAGUUCUGACCAGGAGACAGAGGAAGAGGAGGAGACAGAUGGAGAUGCUGAUGAGGUCAACAGGGAGGUAGAGUGUGUGGUGUUGUCAUCAGAUGAGGAGGAGAUGGAUCUGGAGCCCCCGGCUACACCCUCAGCCCCUCUUACCCCAGGCACAGAGCUGGACCUACUGGAUGGGUCAGAGCCGGUCCUGAGGGAUCAGCCUUGGGAGGAGAAGCACUCAGUCUGUCUGACUCGAGAUGUCUUUGGGCGCACCAGCUGCACAAGCCGACCUGACCCAGGGAUGGAGCUCCUGUCCAGUGAGCACCACCAUGAUCUCCAGGCCCCCUCACCCAUAGGCCUGCCAGGUAGAUCAGUGGUGGAGCCUGAUUUUGCAGUGGAGAUAGAUAGCCCUGAAUGGAGCGUUGAGUCACCAGAUAACGUGGAGAACCUCCGGCCUCUCACCCCCACUGGCUCUCUGGGGGACAGCGACUCAGACCUACUGUUCAAGAGCAAACCAACCCCCCCUGCUGUGGAGGAGGUGGAACUGCCACACACUCCUGGUCGGGGAGCAGAGGCCCUCCUUGAGAGUGAGGAGGACUCUAUGGACCACCUCCUCUCCUUUUCCCGCACAGACAGUGAGCCUUUGUCCCAGAGCCGCCCCACUCAUCCCCCUGCCUUAGCCUCGUACCCAACAUACGAGGACAUGCCCAAAACACCAGGGACAGAUGAGAGGGGUCUAUGGAAUCCCCUUACCCCCUGGAGGGUGCCAGUGACACCGGGGAGAGAUUCAGGCCUCACAGAGGGAGGCCCGGGGUUUAGUCCCACUCCCUGUAACCCUUUCCCCCUUCCCUCCCUGUGCACCGGCCUUUACAUCAGGACCCCACAAACUCCUGGGAGGGACUUCAUCCCAACCAAGAGAACACACAGGAAUACCACCGUUAUGUUGGCCUCUUCACAGAGGACAAAUGGUGCUCCUUUAUCCCGUGAUGAAAUGCUUACAGACUCACCUGUUUUAGCUUCUUCUCCUAGCAGCCUGUCUGAGUCAUCAGCAGAGACUUCUGGCCAUGGGUAUGUGUGGCUUAAUCCUAAUCCUGGGUCCCAGAGGAAGUUACCCCUGCAGGGCCUGGAGAACUGGUCAGGGCUGGCGGAUGUGGAGAACCAGAGAGAGAUGGAGGAGUGUUCCUGGAGGAGGGUACAACCAAGAAUGAGGCGGAAGAUGAGGCGGAAGAUGAGGCGAUGGCAAAGGAUGAGGUCAGUGCAGAGAGCCAUGCCCUCUGUCUUCUCGGCCAGUCCCUGUCGUCGGUCACGAAGUGAGGAGAUGACUGUCCUCCACAGUGUCUGGAAGGAGGGCCUGGAUGAGGAGGAUUCCAAGCUGCUGCAGGUCACCUAUGACAGGCUGCUACAGCAGGACAAUGGCUUCAGCUGGCUCAGUGACACUCUAUGGGUCCCCCACCCUCAUAUCCUUUACUACAGAGCUAAGAGGAAGGAGCUCAAUGAUUGGAUGUGGGACCAUGUGACAGGAUCUGCCCGCAGCGAGGGCUUUUACAAAAUCAGCAAGAAUGACAAAAUAAAAUACCUCAACAGCACGUGUUUGAAUACAGACCAGCCCUCUGCAGACACCCAGGGGGUAGGUCUUUCAGGCCAGCCGCACCCUUCCCUGCGGUCUGGGUCUGAGUUCAGGUCUGAACAACGCCGUCUGCUCUCCUCCUUCAGCUGUGACAGUGACCUGCUCAGGUUUAACCAGCUUAAGUUCCGCAAGAAGAGGAUUCGUUUCUGCCGCAGUCACAUCCAUGACUGGGGCCUGUUUGCCCUGGAGCCCAUAGCAGCAGAUGAGAUGGUGAUUGAGUAUGUGGGCCAGUGCAUCAGACAGGUGAUUGCAGAUAUGCGGGAGAAGCGCUAUGAAGAUGAGGGGAUUGGGAGCAGCUACCUGUUCCGGGUCGAUCAGGAUACCAUCAUCGAUGCCACUAAAUAUGGGAACUUGGCCAGAUUUAUCAACCACAGCUGCAAUCCUAAUUGCUAUGCAAAAAUAAUCACAGUGAAAUCCCAGAAGAAGAUAGUGAUCUACUCCCGGCAGUCCAUCAGUGUCAAUGAGGAGAUCACGUAUGAUUACAAGUUCCCCAUCGAGGAUGAGAAGAUUCCCUGUCUGUGUGGAGCAGAGAACUGCCAGGGCUCCCUCAACUGAACUCUGAACCCUUGUCUCCAUCCCACCUCUCAAGCACUGUCCUGCUGCCUUACAGUUCCUGACAUAGGAAUAAUAAGACCUCCCUUUCCAACCAAGGUUCAUGAAGAGUGGAGCAAGCUGAAGAUUCAAAGAUGUUCAGCAACUCUUGGGCAGACAAUUGAAGUUCCUUUAAAAAAAAGUUAUUUAUUGUUAAAACAGUUUGUGGAAAAAACACACACCGUGGGCGCUGUUCUCCUCUCCCUUAAAAUGACUACACAGGAUGGGGUAUGAUGUUGCCUUGCCCUGUAGAGGUGAUUUCUUGUGCAAAUGUGUACAUGAUGAGUUAAAUGUUUUCAUUCAUGAGAGCUAAUGAAGAUGUAUUCAGCUUGUGUCAAGCAUUUUAUUAAGUUGUUUUGGUAAUUGUUCUCUCAGGUUGGUUGUUUUAGGCAGAGUGGUCACUAUAUUUAUAAAUCAUUUGGCUCAUUAUGUCUUUUUCACAAGUUCUCUCUCGCACACACAAACACUGUGAAUGAGGAAGGAGUCACAAUGCAGUUGUAUUUUUAUUACAUGCACUAAAAAAGUUUACGAAAGCAAUUGGGGGAAUCAAAAUGAACAAGUAAAGUGUAAAAAAGACUUUUAGUUCAUGGAAAGGAUACAAUAAACUGACAUGUUGUCAUUGUGCAUCUUAUUGAGUCAUGUUGUGGUUUAUUACUUCCUUCCACUUAAAUAUGAUUUUUUUUUCAGAAGUAAGGCAAAUAAGACAAUGUGAAGCUAAGACAGAGUUAAUGUCAUACUUAAAAAUUGCUUGUUAAUACCAGAAUUGAUAACAUAGCUGGCUCAAAUCUAAUGAUGAUGUCUGCUCUUUUUCUGUUGCUUUGGAUUGUACAUCAACAUAUUUGAUCAUACUUUGAUUGUCACAAACAUGUGUUGUUUUCUAAGCCAAAAACAAAUACACAGCCUUCGGAAAGUUGUCACACUCCUUGACUUUUUCCAUAUUAUUUUGCAUUACAGCCUGAAUUUAUUACAUUGAGAUUUUGUGUCACCGGCCACACACAAUACCCCAUAAUGUCAAAGUGGAAUUAUGUUUUUAGAAAUGUUUACAAAUGUAUUAAAAAUGUAAAGCUGAAAUGUCUUGAGUCGAUAAGUAUUUAACCCAUUUGUCAUGGCAAGCCUAAAUAUGUCCAGGAGUAGAAAUUUGCUUAAGAAGUCGCAUAGUAAGUUGUAUGGCCUCAGUCUUUGUGCAAUAAUAGUGUUUAACUUUCAAAUGACUACCUCGUCUCUCACAUACAGAUAAUUGUAAGGUUCCUCAGUCGAGCAGUGAAUUUCAAACACAGAUUCAACCACCAGGGAGGUUUUCCAAUGUGUCGCAAAGAAGGGCAACUAUUGGUAGAUGGGUAAAAACAAAACAAAAAAAAGCAGACAUUGAAUAUCCCUUUGAGCAUGGUGAAGUUAUUAAUUAC